AUGGAAGUUGGAGAAUAUUGGAGGGACCAUUUUUCUAAUUUUGCGAAUCAGCUCAUAUUCAUUAGUUCGCCGGAGGUCGGAAAACGAAUCCCGGUACGGAUAUUGGACGAGAUCCACAACGCAGCCAUGGUUUUUGCGGCGAAGAUCAAAUCCAUCGAUUUUUUCAGGAAAAUUCCAAGCGAUUUGACAGAGGCAUCACUUUCAGGUGCUGGGAUAUCCAUUAUGGCAGCUUUCUCUAUGAUGUUUCUAUUUGGAAUGGAGCUACAGAAUUAUUUGACCAUGAGUACUACAACUUCUGUCAUAGUUGACCAAAGUUCUGACUCGGAGUUCUUACUCAUUGGUUUUAAUAUGAGUUUUCCCGCUUUAUCAUGUGAGUUUGCGUCUCUGGAUGUGAGUGAUGUAUUGGGAACGAACAGGUUGAAUGUAAGUAAAACAAUACGAAAGUAUUCCAUCAAUAAGCAUCUGCAAACCAAAGGCCCUGAAUUUGACUCCACACCAGUUUCUACUGUAAUUAAGCAUGAUGAUAAGGUCCACCAGGAAUACAGUGAAGGAUCCGUGACACUAAAUUCAAAUAAUUUUGAUAAAAUUACUCAUCAGCAUGCGAUUUUGGCUGUAAAUUUCUUUGCUCCCUGGUGCUAUUGGAGUAGUCGUCUGACACCCUCGUGGGAGAAAGCAGCUGAUAUUAUAAGGGAAAGACAUAAUCCAGAAACAGAUGGGCGUAUCAUCCUGGGAAAGGUGGACUGCACUAAAGAAUCUCAGCUUUGUAGAAGCCAUCACAUACAAGGUUAUCCAUCUAUUCGCAUCUUCCGUAAGGGAAGUGAUACUCGGGAUCCGAAAGGACACCACAAUCAUGAAUCAUAUUAUGGAGACAGGGAUACAGAUAGCUUGGUAAAGGCAAUGGAAAACCUGAUUGAACCUAUUGAAUUGGAGUCCAAAAAAUAUGCCAAGGUUACUGUUGAAGCAAAAAGACCAGCACCACAAGCAGCAGGAUGUAGGAUUGAAGGAUUUGUACGAGUUAAAAAGGUUCCGGGAAAUAUUAUAAUAUCAGCCCGAUCAGAAUCCCACUCAUUUGAUGCUUCCCAAAUGAACAUGUCACACGUGAUUUCUAGUUUUACUUUCGGUAAAAAGGUGACUCCAAAAAUGAUGAGUGAUCUUAAGCGACUUCGACCUUACAUUGAAAACCAUGACAAGUUGGCUGGCAACUCAUACAUCAACACAGGCGACAAGGCAAAUGUUACGAUAGAGCACUAUCUUCAAGUUGUCAAGACUGAGAUGAUGAGUUCAUCUCAUCAGUUGAUCGAGGAUUACGAGUACACUGCUCAUAGUAGUUUGGUUCAUGCGCUUACAAUCCCUGUUGCAAAGUUCCAUUUUGAACCCUCACCUAUGCAGAUCUUAAUAACAGAAGUUCCGAAAUCGUUUCCUCAUUUCAUUACCAACCUCUGUGCAAUUAUCGGCGGCAUUUUCACGGUUGCUGGGAUAUUGGAUUCGCUUUUGCACAACACAAUGAGAUUGGUGAAAAAAAUUGAACUGGGGAAAGACUUUUAGCCUUGAUACAACUCAUUCUCUUGACUUUGGAGGCUUUUCGUUUCUUCAUAUCUGUUUUAUCGGGUCAUCUUACUUACUUAAGAAGUAUUUUUUGCGGGUAGAUACAUAAAACUUGUAUUUGUCAAGAGAGAAUAUUGAAGGUGGUGAAAAUUUAUUUAAAUAAAUGAGAAGUUAAGUCUUUUGAAAUUGACGACACAUUGGAGAAAUAGGACCAAAUAAACAAGGGCAAAUUUGUAAAAGGACAUUACUUGAUAGGGA